AUGUCGACAGCUGCCUUGACGGGCUCGCCGACCCAGCGACGUUCCUCGGGAUCUAGGAACGUAUCUCAAGACGAGAAUUCCAAGCACUCUGAUGAGAAUGGCUUCCAGGGCCCCCAGGAGCCUUCCUUCAAACUCAAGCAGGGCGUUGUGGCCUUGACUACCUCGAAGCUUGCCAAUCAGGGAUAUUCUAAGGCCAAACUCGAGACCACGUCCUCGCGAGAGCCACAUCCAAUGGAUAAACUGCUCGCCAGGCUGUCUGAGCAGCAUAUCUCAGCCCGUGAGAAACGCGGUUCGCUCAAGAACCCCGGCGAGGAGACCUUUGUGCCUCCUGGUCUGGAUCAACAAUCAUCUUGCAGCUCGCUGCCGAUUACUCCUGCAUCCGACAACUUCGACACCACUGCGCCGACUACACGACCAGCUAGUGCCAACCCCGUUGAUGCCAAUGCAGCCACUGAGGAGUUACAGCGGCUGAAGAUUGAGCUGGCCCAGGCCCAUACCCACAUCAAUCGUCUCGACAAAGAGCUGGCGCAGAGCCGGGUCCCUUCUCAUGGAGAUGGUGGACGUGUCACCCCGAUGCUGUCAACAGAGCCUGGAUUUCCCAGCGCGAUCGGUGCUGGCAACAGUGUCCUGCGAGAGCCUGUUGUUGUACCCCAAAUCCCCAUGCUUCCGAGAAACCAGUUGACUCAGGAUAAUGCUUGGUCCCUCCAGGACGAUUGUCCUUCCGACGGGGUUGACUCAUCAUCAGUCGGAGCUUUUUCCCGAUCUCGAACCAUCUGGAACAACGGCAAGGCCAGCGUUGGCAAUGGUUUUGGACCUUCCAUUGCAGCCCCCGAGGUUGCCUCGUCAGGCCCUUGGCCCGUGAGCCGAGGCUUUAAUCAGAGCUUUGUUGAUGCGGGUGUAGGAAGCUUUGGCGGUAGCAUGCUUGACGCAACGCGUCAGGACCGUCUGACCCCCGACCCUGAACUGAUUAUGAGGUCUUCCAACCAUCGUCGCGGCAACCGCUACGACCAUAGAUUUGGUCCACCCCCGUCAUCUUUCGGCAACAGCUUUGGCCCGUACAAUGCCGGCCAGGGUCAGUUUGAUCCGCCUCCUGGAUAUCACACUUCGGCCGGUCCUAUGCUUGGAAAUACUGGGAUGGGUGUCUACACUCCCUUCCAGCAGCAGUCCAUGGCGACCGCACUCUCUCCCCAUGCCACGGAGUUCACUUCGAGCUCUGGUCCCGGCUGGAAGACUGAUACCAUUACCACUGAGGGCCAGACUUACCUGCCCACCACUGAACCGCUGAACUAUCGACGUCUCUUGGAUCGGAGUGUCAACUGCAAUUGGAAGUAUAUUGUCGACAAGAUUGUUUGCAACAACGACCAACAGGCUUCCAUCUUCCUGCAGCAGAAGCUCAAGGUUGGAACGCCGGAGCAGAAGUAUGAGAUCGUCGAAGCCAUAGUGGCACAAGCUUACCCGCUCAUGGUCAACCGCUUUGGAAACUUCCUGGUCCAGCGUUGCUUCGAGCAUGGCACGCCUGAACAGGUGAUCAAGAUUGCUGAGGCUAUCAGGGGCAACACACUGAGCCUCUCCAUGGACCCCUUUGGCUGCCAUGUUGUCCAGAAGGCAUUCGACUCUGUUCCUGAGGACUACAAGGCCAUCAUGGUCCAUGAACUUCUUCGCCGCAUUCCCGAGACGGUCAUUCACCGCUAUGCCUGCCAUGUCUGGCAGAAGCUUUUUGAGCUACGAUGGACUGAGACUCCGCCGCAGAUCAUGAAGUUCGUGAAUGAGGCCCUACGCGGCAUGUGGCAUGAAGUUGCCUUGGGCGAGACGGGCAGCCUCGUCGUGCAGAACAUCUUCGAGAACUGCCUCGAGGAGGACAAGCGUCCUUGCAUCGAGGAGGUGCUUGUCAAUAUCGACAUUGUUGCGCACGGUCAGUUUGGAAACUGGUGCAUCCAACACAUCUGCGAGCACGGCGCCCCGGCUGACCGCAGCCGCGCCGUCGACCAUGUCAUUCGCUAUGCUGCCGAGUAUAGCAUGGAUCAGUUCGCUUCCAAGGUCGUUGAGAAGUGCCUCAAGAUUGGUGGAUCGGAUUUCCUAGGCCGUUACCUUGAUAGGGUCUGUGAGGGGCGAGUCGAUCGCCCGCGCAUUCCUCUGAUUGAUAUUGCCAGUGAUCAGUACGGCAACUAUCUCAUUCAGUACAUCCUCACCCACGCAAGCCCUCAGCAUCGUGAGGUGGUUGCAGCUCAUAUACGGAAGCACAUGGUGUCUCUUCGAGGUUCCAAGUUUGGAUCUCGCGUGGGCAUGCUGUGCACCAAUCCGGCUGUGGCAACUCGGCCCGGACCUGGUGUCGGCCCUGUCCUCAACCGUCUCCCCCCUGGUCCUCGCUACACCGGCCCGUAUCGUUGA